UAUCCGUUGGCCCAAAAUCUGACGACAACAAAUAGUGUCUUCAUGCAUUAGUUUUGUACUCGUGGACCCACUAUUGUUGAUAAGACCGUUGGACAUAUCGGACCGACUCAGAUGGCAUGGCUUGGAACUCCUCAAAUCUUGUGGUAUCUAGCCACGCUUUUUUUUUACCCUCUUCUUGACAAAUUGUGCUUUAACCCUUCAUCCCAUUUUUUACUCUUCAAAUGGGAACAUUCCUCACAACUGUCCACGUUUCUGCAAGGAAGGCUCAAGGGGCCACGAUCUUCCAAUCUGGAAUCCCCAUCCAUAAUGACAGCCAUCAGAUGAACGGUUUCGAUUGCAUCCCAAAACUUAUUUUUUGAAAGAGGUGGAGGGAAGGAAUAACGUGGGAAGGAAAAAAGCAAGGGAAAAGAAGAGGACUCAAGGCUACAUUAUGCUUUCCUUUUAAAACAAGAGAGAAUUGGAUUCUGCUUUGAUUGGCCAAAGCAAGUGAAAGAAUAAUUGUGAAAGAAAGGAUGUCUGAGAGAAGGCUAUCUCUCAUUCUGCAUCUGUGAGUUUUGGGCAAGUGAUUGAAGUUUCUCGUGAGAAGAAGAAAGAGACUAAGAAGAUGGCUGUUGAGGCUGCUGUUUCCUUGGUUUUAGGAAAACUCAGUGAUUUCCUGGUUCAAGAGGCAGUUUCCCUCUACCAAGUGCGUGAUCAGGUCGAGUCGGUCGAGAGAGAAUUGAGGCGGAUGCGGUGUUUCUUGAAAGACGCUGACGCAAAACAAAGUGGUGAUGAAAGAGUGAAGAAUUGGGUGGCAGAUGUGAGAGAUGUUGCUUAUGAUGCAGAAGACAUCGUCGACACCUUCAUCCUCAGAAUAGAACAAAAAAGGAGAAGUGGGUUCGUUGGUUCCCUCAAAAGGUGCAUGUUCAUCAAUGUUGAAUUAUCGGCUCGACAUGAGAUCAGCAAUGGGAUCGAACGGAUAAAGAAUAAAAUCCAGGAGAUCUCUGCAAGCACGGAAAGGUAUGGCAUUAAAGAUAUUAGCAGAGUCGAAGAAGGAAGCAGCUCCAGGGGUGAAAGUCUGCGCGAGCAAAGGCAAACUUCUCCUCUCUUUGGAGAGACAGAAGUCGUCGGUUUUGAAGAAGACAUAAAGGCAUUGGUGGGACGGUUGAUCGAUGUUGAUUUACGACGCUGUGUGGUUUCUGUGGUUGGAAUGGGUGGUCUGGGCAAGACCACUCUUGCCAUUAAAGUUUAUAAUAACGAUGCAGUUAAGAAACAUUUCGAUUGCUGUGCUUGGAUUUUUGUAUCUGAAGAAUAUGUUGUGAAAGAUCUUUUGCAAAAACUUAUAAAAGAUUUCAUGACUCUUUCUAAAGAAGAGCUUGAUAUGGUGGAGAAGAUGAAUGCUGUUCAGUUGAGAGAGAAGCUUUCCAAUCAUUUGAAGGAGAAGAGAUAUCUUCUGGUUUUGGACGAUAUAUGGAAGACUGAAGCGUGGGGGUCUUUAGUGGCUGCUUUUCCAGAUACGAAUAACGGAAGUCGAGUCCUACUCACCACCCGCAACAGAGAGGUAGCUUCAUAUGCAGAUGCACGGAGCUCUCCCCUCGAGCUGAAGCUUUUAGGAGAUGAAGACGCAUGGAAAUUGUUCUGCAAAAAAGCAUUCUUAGAACAGGGUAUCCAUUACCCGCAAAAUUUAGAGAAGAUAGGAAGAAUGAUUGUAGAAAAAUGCGGUGGUCUGCCUCUUGCUAUUGUCGUGAUAGGGAGCUUACUAUCAAGGAAACCAAUGAAUUCAAAUGAGUGGGAGAAAGUGCAAAAGAGAAUUAGCUCGCAAUUGGUUGGUGAUGAAUCUCCAAUCAGAAGAAUAUUGGAUUUGAGCUAUGAAGAUCUACCUUACCGACUGAAGCCACUCUUUCUGUACUUGGGUGUUUUUCCAGAAGACCAUGAGAUCAGUGCUAAGAAAUUGAUUCACCUGUGGACUGCAGAAGGAUUUGUAGAGGCAACAGGGGAAGAAACGGUGGAGGAAGCUGCAGAAUUUUGCAUGGAGGAGCUGAUCCAUAGAAGCCUGAUUCAAGUGUCAAAAAGUAAUUCCGUUGGUGGAAUUAAAAGCUGCCGCAUACAUGAUCUCUUACGUGAACUCUCCAUUUCAAAAGCCAAGGAAGACAAAUUCCUAGACGUUCAUCAAGAACAUACAAAUCCUCUCUCUCCAUCAAAAGCGCGCCGUCUUGCUAUUCAUCAGGCACCUAGUAAGUACACUUGUUUAAAUCGCACCAACUCACACCUUCGUUCACUGUUAUGGAUCGAUUUAACGGAGGGAGAAGUUGAAAAAAAGCAAGAGCAGUUUCUUUUCAGAGGAUUCAGUUUGCUUAGGGUGUUAGAUAUAUCUUAUAUGAGAAUGAGAAAGCUUCCAAAAGAAAUAGGUACACUGAUCCACUUGAGAUACCUUGGCUUCUGCUUAACUGGCGUGGACAGCUUAAGCCUCCCAUCAUCCAUGAGCAAUCUCCACAAUUUAGAAACGCUUUAUGUAAAAUCAUCAAUUCAGCCAUUUUACAUACCCACUUUUAUUUGGAAGAUGCAACAAUUAAGGCAUGUGAAUGUGUGGUCUAAAAUAGUGGGGCGUCCAUCACUCGGACUUGAUUCUUUAGUUAAUCUCCAGACUCUAAAACACGUGAAUGCUGGCGAUUGGAUAGGGGAUUGUUUGGAGAAGCUAACUAAUCUAAAGAAACUGGGAAUAGGGGGGAUCCACCGGAGAAGGCAUGCAGAGGGAUUGUCCAACUCUCUUCCCAGAUUGGACCGCCUCCAGUCUUUGUGGUUGGCAUGGUACAGUACUAUUCCCGUUUUUAUGCCUAUUUCACAUAACCUGCGUUUGAAAAAGAUGUAUUUGAUGGGAAAGUUAGAGAAGCUACCUGAGUCGAAUGAAUUCUCACCUAACCUCACCAAGCUUACUUUGGAAGACUCCGAGUUAAUGGAAGACCCGAUGGCGACAUUGGAGAAACUACCCAACCUUCGGAUUCUCAGAUUUCAUGAUUAUUCAUACGUGGGAAAGGAAAUGGUCUGCUCUGCACAAGGGUUUCCUCAACUCGAAUCCUUGCAUGUUACAGGGUUACCUGAAUUGGAAGAGUGGAGAGUGGAGGAAGGAGCAAUGCCGAUGCUUUUACAUUUGCUGAUUGGGGGCUGCUAUCAUUUAAAGAUGCUUCCAGAAGGACUUCAACACGUGACUACCCUCAAGAAAUUGGAGAUGCUGUACACGCGAAAUGAAUUCAAGGCCAGAAUGCAGGAAAAUGGCGGAGAGGAUUGGCAUAAGAUUCAACAUAUACCCUCAAUCGAAAUAAAUUAGUGAUCUAUCAAAGGCAGGUGGAUUUAGUUGCUUGUUUCUUCCACCAACGGAAUGGAAGGGCAAAUUCAGCG